AUGGUCCCAAAUGAAGCCCAGCAGUACAUGGGAAUUAUCCAUUUGCUGAAGCAUUUUGGGUGGAUGUGGGUUGGGCUAUAUGCUGUGGAUGACGAAAGUGGAGAACAUUUCUUGCUUGCUCUGGAGUCCCUGUUUACCCAGCACGGAUUGUGCUCCGCAUUCAUAGAAAGAGUUCCAAGACAAACCCGUUUGACCAACAUGUUUGAAAUCAAUGACAUGGUCUUAAAUAUUUAUCGACCGGUUACAGAUGCUAAAGUCAAUACAUGUGUCCUCUAUGGAGAAACUUUCACCAUUUUAUGGCUGAGCCAUUUUAUACUUCUCGGGGCUCCUGGAUACCAACAAGAUGCAUCUGAUGGAAUGGUGUGGAUUAUGACCACCCAGAUUGACUUUGCAUUAACAACCCUUCAAUCGCUCUCGGAUCUGCAAGUGUUCCAAGGUGCCAUCUCCUUCACGAUUCACUCAAGUGAGCUUCCAGGGUAUCAACAUUUCCUUCAGCUCAUCAGACCUUGCUGGACUCAAAGGGACAGUUUCCUCAAGAGCUUCUGGGAGCAAGCAUUCAACUGUUAUUAUCCACAUUGCAGCAUGCCCAUCAAAGACAAUGGAACAUGUACUGGGGAAGAGAGAUUGGAGAGUCUUCCAGGGCCUCAUUUUGAAAUGCAGAUGACCGGGCACAGCUACAGUAUCUAUAAUGCUGUCUAUACUGUGGCACAUGCUUUACAUGGCAUGUACUCAUCCCGAUUCAACCACAGAGGUGUGUUGUAUGGCAAAAAAGACAACCUUCAAGAUCUCCACCCUUGGAAGCUCUACCCAUCUCUUCAGCAUGUUGCAUUUAACAACUCGGCUGGAGAAACCAUGUCUUUUAAUAUGAACAAAGAAAUGAGAGCCAGCUUUGAUAUUAUGAACCUGGUCACAUUCCCAAACAACUCCAUCCUCACAAGGAAAGUUGGAAGAGUGGAUAACAGUGACCUCAAAGGACAAGAAUUUGUCAUUCAUGAGGAUGUGAUUGUGUGGCCCAGGCGUUUUAACCAGGUGCUGCCAGUUUCUUUGUGUAGUGACUCCUGCCACUUCGGUUUUCAGAAAAAAAAGAUGGAAGGGAAGACAUUUUGCUGCUAUGAUUGUGUUCAGUGCCCAAAAGGGAAGAUCUCAAACCAGAAGGACAUGGAUGACUGUAUCAACUGUCCAGAAGAUCAGUAUCCAACCGAGGGUCAAAACCAGUGCAUUCCCAAGACAAUCAGCUUCCUCACUUAUGAAGAACCUCUCGGGAUCAGUUUAGCCUCACUCGCUAUUUCUUUUUCCCUGAUCACAGCCUUAGUGCUAGGAACUUUUUUCAAGCACAAAGAUACCCCCAUUGUCAAAGCCAAUAACCGCGAUGUCACCUCUGCUCUCCUGAUCUCCCUCCUGCUCUGCUUCCUCUGUUCCUUGCUGUUUAUUGGACAACCUCGGAAGGUGACCUGCUUCCUCCGACAAUCUGCAUUCGGCAUCAUCUUCUCAGUGGCUGUUUCUUGUGUGUUGGCCAAAACUGUCACUGUUCUCCUUGCGUUCAUGGCCACAAAGCCAGGCUCCAGCAUGAGGAAGUGGGUGGGGCAAAGACUGGCCAACUCCAUUAUCCUUUCUUGCUCAUUUAUUCAAGUAAGCAUUUGUACGGUGUGGCUAGGAACCUCUCCCCCUUUUAUAGACUCUGACACUCAGUCCCUGGUUGAAGAGAUUAUAAUAGAAUGUAAUGAAGGGUCUGUUAUCAUGUUCUACAUUGUUCUGGGCUACAUGGGCUUUCUGUCGAUCAUCAGCUUGACUGUGGCUUUCCUAGCCAGGAAGCUGCCAGACAGUUUCAAUGAAGCCAGGUUCAUCACUUUCAGUAUGUGUAUAUUUUGCAGUGUUUGGCUGUCUUUUGCCCCAACCUACUUGAGCACCAAAGGUAAAAACAUGGUAGCUGUGGAGGUCUUCUCUAUCUUGGCCUCCAGUGCUGGCUUACUGGCUUGUAUCUUUUUCCCUAAAUGCUACAUUAUUCUUCUGAGACCAGAGUUAAACAAGAGGGAACAGUUGAUCAGGAAGAAGAAUUAA